AUGCCAAACUCGUCAAACAAUGCCGUCUAUAAUGGCAGCACUAGUACCCAGGUCCAAACCCCCACCUCGAAUCUCCCGCCCAACCACAGCUUCGCCAUCGGUCGCUUUCUCGCCGAUGCCGAGCAAAAGUGUCCCCUAGGGCUCAACACGGUUCAGUCUGCAGUGGAAGUCGAAGCAGCUGCAAAAGCUCGCAUGUUGGCCAAGCUGCAGGCUUUUGAGCAGCAGUUUCAGUCCCAACGCUAA